UUACACUCCCAACAUGGCGAUCAAUCUUGCGGAUCUGUCGCUUCCUCAGCUUGAGGGACUAAAAAGCCAGUUAGACCAGGAGAUUGACUUCCUGACGUCCUCAAUAAGCCAGCUCAAAGUUGUCCAGGCGAAAUAUGUUGAAGCAAAAGAUAAUUUGAAUUCACUAAACAAAAACAAUCAAGGAAAAGAAUUACUCGUCCCUCUUACAAGUUCUAUGUAUGUGCCUGGAACAUUAAAUGAUGUGGAGCAUGUUUUAGUGGAUGUCGGGACAGGAUAUUAUGUUGAAAAGAAUGUAGCGGAUUCAAAGGCCUUCUUCAAACGUAAACUAGAUUUCCUGACAAAGCAGAUAGAGAAAAUUCAGCCUGCGCUUCAGGAAAAACAUGCCAUGAAACAAGCUGUGAUUGAAGUCAUGAACGUGAAGAUCCAGCAGCUACAACAGAGUAAACAGGCUUCCAGCACCAAGGCAUAAUCAUGACAACACUUAAAUUAGUGCUUUACUGUGUGUGUGUGAAAGAACUGUUCAAAUGUCCUGCACUAACCUAAAUGAAAUCUUGUCGCACAAUUUGGGAAUAAAGAAGCAGUGAACCUAA